UGAAGAAAAGUAGGAGGGGAUUCGUUGAAGUCUGAACGGUGUGUAAAAACAAAAUUGCAGAAGGGAUUGUUUAGUAAGGCAUAUUUAUUCGUUUUCCUUCAAGCUUUUCUAACCACAUAUUUUGUAAACGUUUGACAGCCAUUGGUAGACUUCCGUGCAGCAUAGAUUGCUCCGUUGCUACAGUGCCUGAACUUUGACACACUUUUGAGUCACAAGCUUUUCACACGUUGGCAUUGCAUAAUGUAUUUUUUAGCGUUUUUUUAUUCGAAUUACUAAACUAAAAGUUGAAAUAAUUUUUGACCACACAUGACAUGAGAGGUGUUGACUGUUAAUUUCAUUCAUUCGUUCUUGUAGACUAUUAUUAAAGCUGCCGUCCAUAAUAUUUCCUUCCGCAAAUACGUGUGGUUUCUUGUUAAAGGCCCACUGAUAUUUACAGGCCAGUGGCUUGACAUCUGAGCUCCUAGAGGAUGGCUGUGAACCGACAGGUCACUAGACACAGUUACCGGGUGUGUACCGGAUUGUAUCGGCCGCUGUCACGCAGCACUUCUGUGAGCAUGGUUCAGAAGGUCCUGGUUCGGCCUCCCCAAGAUGUUGCCGGAGCAGAGGGGCAGGCAGAGUUCUCCCGGGCCAUGAUUGGAGGGUUCUUCCAGGAGAGGCCAAUGCUGAAGAACCCCUUCCUGGAGGACGCUCUGCUACAGGGAUACCUGAGGAGACACCUGCCCAGUGAGGCAGUGUAUUCCGACCUGCGUGUGUUUGGGGACCGAUUGGUGCGUGAGGUGGAUGGGUGGGGUCGGGAGUGUGAGAUCACACCCCCUCGGUUGGUGACCUAUGACCCCUGGGGUUGCCGUGUUGACCGCAUUGUCACUUCCCCUGCCUGGCAACGCAUGAAGGACCUAUCAGCACAGGAGGGGCUGGUUGCCAUCGGAUACGAGAGGAGCUACGGGGAGUGGAGUCGUGUGUACCAGAUGUGUAAGCUGUAUCUGUACUCUCCCUCCUCUGGUCUCUACACCUGUCCUCUGGCUAUGACUGAUGGAGCUGCCAAGGUUAUACAGUCUCUGGGUGUGUCUUGGCCAGUAGCGGACGCCUUCAGCCGCCUGACCUCUCGUGACCCUGAGCACUUCUGGACGUCUGGACAGUGGAUGACUGAACGCAGGGGUGGAUCUGACGUAGGCAAUGGUACAGAGACCGUAGCGUUGCCUCAGAGUGAUGGUACAUACAGACUGUCAGGUUUCAAGUGGUUCACCUCGGCUACAGAUGCAGACAUGACUCUCACACUGGCCAGAGUCACAGACGUAGACGGACAGACCACAUCGGGCAGUAGGGGUCUGUCUAUGUUCUAUGCUGCAGUGCGUGAUGAGCAGGGGAUGGUUCAGGGCAUCGAGGUCCAAAGACUGAAGGACAAACUGGGAACCAGACAGAUGCCCACUGCCGAGCUGCUGCUGGACGGCCUGCCUGCUCACAGGCUGUCAGAAGAGGGGAGAGGUGUGGCAUGUAUAGCCAACAUGCUGACUGUGACUCGUAUCCAUAACAGCGUGUCUGCUGUGGCUGGUAUGAGGAGGGUACUCCAGCUUGCUCGUGACUACGCCACACGUCGCUCUACCUUUGGGAAGCUCUUAAGAGACCAUCCCCUUCACAUGCAGACCCUCGCUAGGAUGGAGGUGGAGACUCGAGGAGCGUUCCUGCUGGUGAUGGACGUCUGUCGUCUGAUUGGCCGAGAGGAGACAGGCCACGCCUCCCAGCUGGAGACUCACCUCCUUCGCCUGCUCACACCUGUAGCUAAACUCUACACUGGCAAACAGGCGGUUGCCGUGAUUUCCGAGGGGCUGGAGAGUUUUGGGGGGCAGGGCUACAUCGAGGACACGGGACUACCUGCAAUGCUCAGAGAUGCUCAGGUGUUGAGUAUCUGGGAGGGGACCACUAAUGUUCUGUCUCUGGAUGUUCUGCGCUGCGUCUCUCGGAGCUCGGGCCUCGUACUGCAGGCCUACUUCACACACACUCAGUCCCUGCUGGCAGCAGCCUCCCUCCCCUCCCUGUCUGUGGCUGUGAGAUCAGUAGACAGCGCUCUCUCUGGUCUGAGAGAGUUCCUGCAGGCCGCUGCUCUCAAACCACCUGGCUUUAUGGAGCUGGCAGCACGAGACCUGGCAUACAGUUUGGCACGCAUUUAUAUGGGGUCUCUGCUCAUUGACCACGCCUCAUGGGAGGGAGCCUCUCACUCUGAUGCCUAUGCUGCUCUGCGGUGGUGUGAGCAGGACUUGUGUCCAGUGGUAAGUAAGGCGGCCAUAGGAUGCUACAACAUGAAGACUCUGCCCCUGGAUGCUGCGCUGGUCUAUGAAGAGUCAACCAGUGACUGAGGGGGUGUGGGGUUGGCUGGGGGCAGGCAAUAUUCGUGUUCUCAAGGCGAUGUAGUCUAUGUAAGAAGGGGUACUUCGUGAUUAGCCUAUUAUGUAUGACUGCAUGCUAUUUCCUGACCUGUGUUAAAAUAAAGACUUUCUGAUGGAGA